AUGGAAUUUACAGAGGCUUACAAGCAGACGGGACCUUGCUGUUUCUCCCCAAACUCUCGUUACGUCGCCGUCGCCAAUGAUUAUCGUCUCGUGAUCCGAGAUACUUUUUCGUUCCAGGUUGUGCAAUUGUUUUCUUGCUUAGAUAAGAUAAGCUACAUAGAAUGGGCCCUUGACUCUGAGUACAUUCUUUGUGGCCUCUACAAAAAGCCGAUGAUUCAAGCUUGGUCAUUGACACAACCAGAAUGGACUUGCAAGAUUGAUGAAGGUCCUGCUGGUAUUUCAUACGCUAGGUGGAGCCCAGACAGCCGCCAUAUACUCACAACCUCGGAGUUUCAGCUGCGGUUAACAGUUUGGUCCCUCCUGAACACGGCGUGUGUUCAUGUUCAGUGGCCAAAGCAUGGCUCCAAGGGAGUUUCGUUCAAUCAAGACGGAAAGUUUGCAGCGAUCUGUACACGGCGUGAUUGCAAGGACUACGUAAACCUCUUGUCUUGUCAAUCAUGGGAGAUUAUGGGUAGCUUCGCUGUUGACACCUUGGACUUGGCUGAUCUUGAGUGGUCACCUGAUGAUAGUUCUAUUGUAGUCUGGGAUUCGCCUCUUGAGUAUAAGGUUCUAAUAUAUUCUCCAGAUGGUAGGUGUCUAUUUAAGUAUCAGGCAUAUGAAUGUGGACUUGGUGUAAAGACUGUUUCCUGGUCUCCAUGUGGUCAGUUUCUUGCCAUUGGUAGCUAUGACCAGAUGUUACGGGUCCUGAAUCACCUUACUUGGAAAACCUUUGCUGAGUUUUUACACCUAUCAACGGUUCGUGCGCCCUGUUGUGCUGCUAUUUUCAAGGAAAUCGAUGAACCCUUGCAGCUCGAUAUGUCUGAGUUAUCGUUGGAUGACAACUUUAUGCCAAGCAAUUAUGAUGGUUCGGAAGGCUAUAUUAGUGUCAGGUAUGACGUCAUGGAAUUACCGGUGGCUUUGCCUUUCCAGAAACCUCUCGCUGACAAGCCUAACCCAAAACAAGGAGUUGGUAAGCUCUUCAAUUAG